AUGGCUGACGAAUAUGAUGGGCACUACAGAGUCCCGGCAGGAUGUCUCGUCUUUCGAAGUACAGAUCAACCUGACUUUGAGAAUCAAUGUUUCAUAUAUCCACACCAAGAGCUUGAAUUCGGAAGACAGUACAUCCAAGGGCAGCUCGUUAUUGAAGACAGAAGCAUCUCCAAGCACCACUUGCGUGUCCGCUGCAUCGGCUACGACGAUGGUGGUGAACACGGGGUAACGCCAUUGAUUUACGCACGAAUCCUUUCUGGCAACGCAGCUCUUCUCAUUCGAUAUGGGUUUGAUGCCCCUGCAGCCGGAGUUGACGUAAGCAGGGACGACGGUGAUGUCCUACUCAACCCGGGCGACCUUCUACGCCUGACGAACAAGAUUUCUGUUGAGCUCAGAACCAUCGAAGAUCAGGAAGUGAACCCAAAAGGCCUUGGUGAGAUCCAAAAGGCUGAGCGAGCGUGGUUCAGCGAUCGGUAUCGCUUGGCUGAGCGUGUGCUUGGUGCUGGAGGAUACGCAUGCGUACGUGUGGCAGUGAAGCUCAAGACAGGUCGACAAUAUGCAUGCAAGAUCAUACCGUUACCCACCAGCGUCGAUGAUGACGAUGAUGGUGGACUUCGCCGCUCAGGCGAUAAGAGAUCUCUUUCCAUGCUGAAGGAUCGGAUUGCCAGAGAGUACAACUUGCUGAAGAAUCUCUCCCAUCCAAACAUCAUCACCCUGGAGAAGGUGAUUCAUACUUCUCAUACCAUCUACGUAUUCCAGGAACUCGUCACUGGCGGCGAUUUGCUGUCGUAUAUGGAGAACAAAGGCCCUCUACCGGAGCCGCAAGCUGCCAUGAUCGUGAGGCAGCUUCUUGAAGCUGUCAAGUACCUUCAUGAGAAUCAAGUCGUGCACCGAGAUAUCAAGCCCGAGAACAUCCUCAUGACCUCCUGGAAAGAGGGCGCUAGGGUUGUGCUCACGGACUUUGGUCAGUCGAGGACGGCUAAGGAAGGUGAGGGUGAUGCAAAGAAAGCAGGUGUCUUUCGCAUGCAGUCGAUGAUUGGAACUCAUGGUUACACUGCACCCGAGGUGUAUCGAUACAUGUUCAAAGAUCUACAGCGCGAAUACGGCUACGGUCAAGCCAUCGAUUUGUGGUCCAUCGGCUGCGUCACGGCGACCAUCCUCACCAGCGAUCCAUUCUUCGCAGAUGUGGACGAAUGGCGUACGGGCAACAUGACCCUCUCCGAGAUCACCGAUCGCCUCACUGUCCUAGAAACGGAAGAUAAGUGGGAGCACAUCGGCCACCGCGCGAAGACGUUAAUCCGAGGAUGUCUCACGCUUGACGAAACCCAAAGACUCACAGCUGCACAAUGCCUGGCACUGCCAUGGUUCCAACACCCAUACUACAAAGCCGACUUCGACGCUGCCUACAAGCACGCCAUUGCAGACUGGACACCACGUGAGCAAGACGACGACAUCAUCGAGCUCAUCGAUACCAGCGAGCUUGUGACCGAAUCGCAGUCUGACAGUGAAGACGAAGAGAACUAUUCUCACCACUUCCAACCAGCCCCUGAAGUAAAGCCUCGUGGAACCUCGAACGACAUGGCCAGCAAAGUCGCCCGCUGGAGGCCCAUUCACAACUACCAGCUUCAUGCAAGCCCAGCAGACAUGCUGGACUCUUUCACCGAUGGCUUCGAUAGGUUCGACGAAGUGGACGGGAAUCUGAGCUUGGCUUCGCAGAAUACGGCUGCCAACCGUGCUGCGCUCCAGAUCCAUGCUCGUCAACCACUGCCGGCGACUCAUCGAAAGAGGAUUUAG